AUGAUGUCGCGAAGCCAGUCAAGUCUGGGCUACAUGGAUAGCGGCAGAGAGGAUUCAGCCCCGGGGGUCUCUCCAUCCAUGAACCAGCAAUCUGCCUCCGGGCCUAUCAACCUCUCGGGUCUGGUGUGCAACGUGCGACGAACGACCGGCAAGGAACCUCACCCCCUGGUGGGUGCGACGACGACAAUCCUAGGCGACAAGCUAUACGUAUUCGGAGGCCGGAUCCUCUCACGCAGCCGCCCGCAAUUGACGUCGGAUUUAUACGAGUUGGACCUGAUCCGCCGCCAUUGGACGAAAAUCGAACCUGCGGGAGACGUUCCUCCCCCGCGCUACUUUCACAGUGUGUGCGCCCUCGGAGAUAACAAAUUGGUGUGCUAUGGUGGUAUGUCGCCUGCGCCAAGCGCGCCUAAGGACCCCGAGAAUCCUGAGUCGCAGGCGCAGUCUGAGGUCGUGGUCAUGUCGGAUAUUCAUAUCUUCGAUGUCCCAUCGCGGGCUUGGACCCGUGUUGCGGCCUUUGAGUCGCCGCAGGGGCGAUAUGCACACUGUGCCACAAUACUCCCUUCAAGUGCCUGCUUUACCUCCGCUAGCGCACCUUUAUCAGCCAUUCACCAUAACCCUGAAUCUUCGUCCCACCAAGGCACUCUUGGUGUAGAUAUUGAUGGCUUUGGAGGUGCAGAGAUGGUGGUUGUUGGUGGCCAGGACAGUUCCAAUCACUAUAUUGAACAAAUCAGUGUCUUCAACCUGCGAAGUCUGAAGUGGACCAACACUAGCCCACUAGGAAGGAGCUGCGGCGCUUAUCGCAGUGUCGUGGCUCCCUUGGUGGGAAUGGAUGUGUCCGAGAUUGGGUCCUCCGCUCCAGAUCGCGACUUGCAUGAGCCAAUUCAGGACAGUGCCGAAUCUCCAGGAUGUCCUAUGUUGAUCUACUCCAACUACAAUUUCUUAGAUGUCAAGCUGGAGCUGCAAGUGCGUCUGCCGGACGGACGCCUUGUCGAACGACCGAUGCAAAGCCAAGCUUCUCCUCCGGGACUGCGUUUCCCCAAUGGUGGGAUCAUCAAUGGCCACUUUGUUGUUAGCGGCACCUACUUGACUUCCUCCAAGCAGGAAUAUGCGCUGUGGGCUCUUGACCUGAAGACUUUGACCUGGGGUCGUAUUGAUGCCGGAGGCUCGGUCUUUGGGCAAGGCAGCUGGAACCGAGGAGUGCUCUGGCCUCGUCGUAACUCAUUCGUAAUUCUUGGACACCGGAAGCGAAGCCUUGUCGAUGAUUACAACCACCGACGUAUCAAUUUCUCGCAUGUCUGCCUGGUCGAGCUGGAAGCCUUCGGGCUAUACAACAACCCCUGUCGCACUUCCCCAACCUCCGGGUAUAAGUCAUAUAGCUCUUCCACGGUACCUGCAUCUCUUCAAAAGAAGUUGACUCAGUUGACAUCGGGCGGAAGACCCCUGUCUGCCGCAUCAGAUGAACUGGGCUAUGGGGGAGAGCGCAUCUCUGUCAACUCUCGUGUAUUGACUCGGCGCUGGGGUCCUUACUUUAUUCAACUCCUGCGUGAGUCGUCCGAAGGUGGAAUCGCAGACACGGCAACCCUUCGUCCGGCUCUGAUCCACCCGAGUCGCAACUCCAGUAUCACUAUCACGCCUUCUGUGGGCAACAACAGCAACUACUCAGAUGCUACAACACUCGUCAACCAAGGCGCUCCACCAAAGUCUCUGCUCGAGAAUUUGGAAGCCCCUUCAGCUCACUCCCUCGCCCCGACCUCCCGACCUCGCGUGCUUUACCUACCCCACACGAUCUUGACUCUGCAAGUUCUUGUGCAAUAUCUCUACACGGCAGCUCUACCAGCUGCAGGUUCCUCCUUGUGCACCCCUCAGAUCCUCUGUUCGCUCCUUCAGCUAGCCCGCCCCUAUCAAAUUGACGGGCUUCUAGAGGCCACCGUCGAAAGACUCCACCAAGUUCUGGACGGACGCAAUGCCGCCGCCGUUUUCAAUGCUGCCGCAAUGGCAGCCGGCGGCGGUCGCGGAACCGGAUUCACCGGCGGACCAGGCGGCACGCUCGAGGCUUUGAACGGCGCAUACGCAGGCCGCAACGGAUCCAUCCCCGUAAUCGGUGAAAACAGCAACUCUCGCGGGCCCCUGGCGUCCGAUUCCUCAGACACCGAGCACGGAGCCUCUGCUUCUGCCAGCAGCAGCACGGGCGACCUGACCAACUUCGCGCGCGGCCUUCCCUCUCUCCGCAUCGACACCAGUGUUUCCAACAACUCGCGCCAGCGCAGCAACCGUAACCGCGAAGACUCCAUCAGCAAUUCCAGCACGGCAACUUCUGUAUCAAGUGCUAGCUUCAGCCAGUCGGAUUCGGAGUGGGUCAGUGGUGACGAAAGCCGAAGUCGAUCCCAGUCUCGUUCCCACCACCGCCGCGGCACAGAUACAGAGCUGCGUCGGCCGCAGCGCGAACUCUGGACUGGUGAUCUGAGCAGUGUGAUUGGUCUACAGAAGCGUGGGCUGCGUGGUCUUAUGGAGGGCCGUCGUAUGCGUGAGCGCAGCACGAAGCCUGCUAGUACUAGCAGCGCGUCGACAUCUAUACCUGCUUCGGCUGCCUCCGGUGAAAACUAUAUUCCAAUCCAGGGCGUUGCUAGUUGA